GAAUGGGGCGCGAUUCAUCUUGGCUAGGCGCUACCUAUGCUGGGUAAUACCAGUGUAGCUUUAACUGCCUUUGGAAGCUGAUGGGGAUGCGGCGGGUGGACCGGGUAGUGGAGUACUGUACGUCUACAGUACUCAAGUACUCGAGCGCUCGGGUACGGGAGUGUUUCGAAAGAGCCUCCUUCCGGAGACCACAGACUGUUCUGUGUGCCAAGUCUGCUAACCUGUCCCGUCAUAUCUUUUGAUCUUAGCGAGCGGCCCCCAAGAAUUCAGCAAAAUUGAUGGUAUCUACCCUUCCAGCCAACACUGGAUCGUCGAGGACAGCCGGAUCCAGGUACUCGUGCCAAUCCCAUGGGCGAUGGAUUCCGUGCCAUGCGAUGCGAAGCCAACGCCACCACAAAGCGUCCCCUUGUUACCGUCCUCUCCCAAUUAUUGUGGCACCUGCGAAAGACAAGUCGUCGAGAAGGCACGGAAAUAUGAGAUAAGAAAAUUCUUGCAGAUCUGAGUGGACUGCAAUCCUGCCUUUGCCAAUAGCAGAAGAGAGCCCGAGGAUAAGGAAGCCAUCACCGUGGCGAUGUCGACCCGAUUAAGGAAGAAAAUGGAGCUCGCUGAAAUGCUUAACCUGGAGGAGUCCCCACAACCAAGCGUGAGGGUACCACCACAAGGGCCGGAGUCGGUGUCGACGCAGCGAGCAAGAUGCGCCUGGUCGAAAACAUGCCCCAAAGGGUAUGAUACAGCACAGGAUUAGAGCGUGGAAAGCCCCCCCAAGGCAGCAAAAUCGAAGGUAUGGUCUACAGUUUUCCAAACCCGAGACAAAGGUCGGCUUCUGUGAGGGUAUGACGGGAGACGCGCCUCUAGAGGGAAGAGGGAUUGCGGAGGGCGGGAGGACAAUGAAGGAGAUUGUGGAGAAGAAUGAUGGAGGGUCGACAUCCGGCGCACGCGGAAACUUUGUGAGGAGGAAGUGUGUCGAAGGAGAAAUGAGUGUUGGUUCUAUUCAGCUGAAGGGAGGUGGUCGACUCGCCACAUUCUCAUCUGUCUACCCUAACCCGGUAUACAACUCUUGCACUACCACAACGGGAUUACACCAUCAAGAAAUUGGGGGAGGGGUCCGACUGCUCGGCUUACCUCGGUCAAGAUGUUGCUAUCAAAGCAGCCAAUGAUGGUGAUCAUGAAGAGUUCAUAAAUCGCCGCUGCCUUGGAAAAGAAAGCGGCGAUUUUGUUAUUGCGAAGUAUGAAGAGUCCAGUGGGUUUGGAAGGGGAACGUUUUAUCAUACUCCCUCCGGCCUAGGCACCCUCCCCGCUUGCUACAACCCACCGUUUCAGCUCACCCCAUCCC